AUGGAUCAGCAAGACCAACGAGACACCAAUGGCUCCACCACGAUUACAAUCACUACCAAUGCUGACGACAAAGACAAGACGGAUGAAGUAUCACGACUCGUUCCUGGCGGCAAGUUUCCAAACCAAGGCAAGGCUAUACUUCGCUCAUUCUUAUCUUUGGUGCUUAUGCUGACGAUCCAAGUCGGUAUUCCGUUGGCAUUGUACUACGGUUUGCGGAACACAAUCGGCAUCGUGUACGCUUUGGUGAUUUCUGGCAUUCCUCCAUUCCUCUAUGUUAUUUUCGGUUUCAUACGGAAGAGAACUAUCGACGUGCUUGGUUGUAUUAUUGGUCUUUCUUUCAUAUUGUCUGGUGUGGUCUCCAUUGUCAGCGGUGACGCGCGUGCAGCACUCAUACGUGAUUCCGCCGUCAGCGCUGUUAUUGGUCUCAUGUUUUUACUUUCGUUGAUACCAAUUCACACGAAAUGGCUUGAUAUUCGUCCGCUCACCUAUAUCAUGGGUCUGCAAAUGACGACUAAACUCAAAUUUCAGUGGACCGACCGUGAUGGAAACAAGCAAGAGCAGCCUGUUUUGGAAUGGCAGUGGGAGCACAUUCGGUACUUCCGGAUCAGCAUGUAUACUCAGUCAGCGAUAUGGGGUAUCGUGCUUAUCUUGGAACUAAUGGCGUGUGUAUUGAUGGUCGAGGCAUCGGAUCUAUCCGUUGAUGACAUUGUUAUGUACAACAACAUCCUUACCUCGGUCGUUGUCGGUAUUAUGAUUACUGCGAGUAUAUUAGCAGGAAUGUACGGGAACAAGUUUAUAAAGCGAAUUGGAACGGCAUGGACUGCGGAAAACGACUUUACGGAGAAGUUUGAGCAGCAGCAGCAGGAUCAGAUCAACCGCGAUGAAGAGCGGGUGGCAAACUUGGUAUAA